AUUUGGCUUUUCACUGUAUAGACACACUAGAAACAGGUGCAACUACUUGGAGUCAACAUGCAGCUUCUGGGGCUUUCCGCUUUUCUGCUGCUUAUCUCUUCCUCUUAUGGCCAAGACAACGCCACUCUUAUAGCUACUGGGAUCAUUGGAAAUCUUACGAGCAACACUGUAAUUAUAGCAUUUCCUAACGCAUGUAAAUAUUCAUUGCAGCAAGUACAGCUUAAUGUCAACCAAGUCACCCAAAAUUCAACUUUUAACUUUAUGACGCCACAGUGCCGCCUGAAACGCGACCUUGUGGUGAUUAGUGACUCACAGUCUGGCAACACGGAGACCGUCAACGUGGGUUACCAAGUUACAAACCUGACUGCAAACACCCAAUACACGGCAUAUUAUGUGAUCAACAAUACGGCGUUUACAGGAGUCACUUUUACUACACUAAAUGGCUUGUCUAAUGCACCACCAACUGUCUUUGCUCGCAGUGGAGGAAUGGUUGUGAUUACUGUUCUGUUAUCUAUUGCAAUGUUCUUACUCGUCAUUGGUUUGAUUGUAGUACUUGUACUGGGAGGAAAAAGGAAGAAAUAAAAGUACAGUGGCCAUGUUAAUGAACCUUUAUUAACUGAGACAAGGAUCCAUGCUUAUCACUGGGGGGAAUUUUAAGCACCGUGACAUAAUAUGAAUGAGGGGGUGUGACACAUUUGUACGUUUUGUGAAUGUAUUCUUACCAAAGUUUUGUGUAAAUAGUGUUUUUCUAAUUCUUUGUUUUUUUUCCAUAUCAAAUACAAACUGUUUUAUAAGUGAUAAAAGUAGAAAAUGAUGUGUUGGGUUUGGGGGAAGGGUGGUCAGGGCGCAGUAAAACCACAGCUCAACUUUUAGUUUUUACCGCCUCCGGUCACAAGUGUAAAUUAGGCCUUGAAGCACAGAAAUGUUAAACACUGUGAUUAUUAUGUAAUAAAUAUACUGAAUAUUUCAGUUGUAA